GGGGCCCCAUGAGAUGCCCCUGGUACCUUUUUCAUAGGCUUUUUUGAGUUUGGCCAAGGACACAGGGGCCCCAUGAUCCCCUAUUGCCUGGGGGCCCCAUGAGUUGUCACUCAUCCCCCACAGUUAUUACCUUUGUAUGUCCUGCCCCCCCCCCCCCCCCCAGAUUGUAAACUCUGUUGUGCAGGGCCCUUUGAUUCCUACUGUAUUAAAUUGUAUUGUAAUAGUACUGUCUACCCUUAUGUUGUACAGUGCUACAUAAACUGUUGGUGCCAGGGGCGGACUGACCAU